GCCAUGCCCCGCAAUCACAGCGGAGAUGAGGGGAGCUCGGGGCUCUGGAUGAAGACCUCUCCCGGUCACCGCGCCGAGGGCUAUGGCUUUAAAGAUGUGGAGGCUGGUCGAAGGACGAUGAACAACGCGGCCAGGGCCGGCGACGGCAUGCUAACGGCCGUCUCUGGCUCCUCGCCGACCACAACAGGUGCAGGGGGCGCAGAAAACCUGCGAGGAAAGCAAGGAGCCCGUCUGAGUUUGCUGGGGAAGCCGCUCACAUACAGCGCGCAGAGCGGCCGCAGGAACGCGCGCUACCGGAGGCUGCAGAACUACCUGUACAACGUGCUGGAGAGACCCCGCGCCUGGGCUUUCGUGUACCACGCCUUUGUCUUCAUCCUGGUGUUUGGCUGCCUGGUUCUGUCCGUCUUCUCCACCAUACCUGACCACCAGCAUCUCUCCUCCCACUGUCUCUUCAUCCUGGAGUUUGUGAUGAUCGUGGUGUUCGGGUUGGAGUACAUCAUCCGCAUCUGGUCUGCGGGCUGCUGCUGCCGCUACCGAGGAUGGCAGGGCCGGCUGCGAUUCGCCAGGAAGCCCUUCUGUGUCAUAGAUAUCAUCGUCCUCAUUGCCUCGGUUGCCGUGGUUUCAGUGGGCAGCCAGGGCAACAUCUUCGCCACGUCGGCCCUGCGCAGCCUGCGGUUUCUGCAGAUCCUGCGUAUGGUGCGUAUGGACCGGCGCGGCGGCACCUGGAAGCUGCUGGGAUCGGUGGUGUAUGCACACAGCAAGGAGCUGGUCACCGCCUGGUACAUUGGAUUCCUAGUUCUCAUUUUCUCCUCUUUCCUGGUCUACCUUGUGGAGAAGGAGUUCAACAAAGACUUCGCCACGUACGCCGACGCCUUGUGGUGGGGCACGAUCACCCUCACCACGAUCGGGUACGGCGACAAGACGCCCCAAACCUGGACGGGUCGCCUGCUCUCUGCCGGGUUCGCCCUGCUGGGCAUAUCGUUCUUCGCCCUGCCGGCGGGAAUUCUGGGAUCAGGGUUCGCACUGAAGGUCCAGGAGCAGCACAGACAGAAGCACUUUGAGAAGAGGAGAAAUCCAGCCGCCAGCCUUAUCCAGUGUGUUUGGCGUAGUUAUGCGGCUGAUGAGAACUCGGUUUCCAUUGCUACCUGGAAGCCUCAUUUGAAGGCGUUGCAUACCUGCAGUCCUACGAAGAAAGACCAGGGGGAGUCCUCUAGCAGUAAGGUUCAUAGUAAUAAGCAGAAGCUCUUCAGGAGGUAUACCGCACGGAAACAUAGCCAGAAGCUGAGCUUUAAGGAGCGCGUGCGGAUGGCCAGCCCUCGCGGUCAGAGCAUCAAGAGCCGGCAAACGUCGGUGAGCGACCGGCGGUCUCCGGGCACCGACAUCGGCACGGAGGGGAGCAGCCCGGCCAAGGUGCAGAAGAGCUGGAGCUUCAACGACCGCACCAGGUUCCGCCCCUCCCUGCGCCUCAAGAGCCAAUCGCGCGCCGCGCCCGAGGCUGAUGCCAGCCUGGGUGCGGACGAUGGCUUUGAUGAGAAGGGCUGUCACUGCGACAUCACAGUGGAGGACCUGACUCCGGCGCUGAAGUCUGUCAUCAGAGCGGUCAGGAUAAUGAAGUUCCACGUGGCGAAGAAGAAGUUCAAGGAGACGCUGCGGCCGUACGACGUGAAGGACGUGAUCGAGCAGUACUCCGCCGGCCACCUGGACAUGCUGUGCCGCAUCAAGAGCCUGCAGACACGGCUGGACACCAUUGUGGGUCCCCAGCAGACCCUGCGCACCAAAGCCAAGACUUUUUCCUCUCCCUCCCUGCACUUGUAUUACAGCCAGAGCAAGAGGAAGCACUCGGCCCCGGGGCUGGACACAUCUGCGGGUCCUCUGCAGACCCUGCGCAGCAAAGCCAAGAACUUUUCCUCCCCCUCCUUGCCCUUCUGUUACAGUCAGAGCAAGAGGAAGCCCUCGAGCCCGGGAGUGGACCAGAUCCUGGGCAAGGGGCAGAUCCCUGUGGAUAAGAAGAUCAGGGAGAAGGCCCAGCCCGAGGGCGACUCUCUGGAGGACAUGAGCAUGCUGGGGCGUGUCUGCAAGGUGGAGCGACAGGUCCAGUCUAUCGAAUCCAAGCUGGACUCCCUGCUGGACAUUUACCGGCAGGUGCUGCGCAAGGGUUCAAACUCAGCGCUGAACCUGUCCGCCCUGCCGCUGUUCGAGCUGGAGCAGACGUCGGACUACCAGAGCUCCUCCUCCACGCAAAUGAGCGGGGGCUCAGUGUCCCGCUCCGUCAGCGCCAACCUGCCCCGGGGCCUGCACCUGGUGCUGGCCCCCAACGAGCUCAACCUCGACCUCCGCAACCCCUCCUCCUCCUCCUACACGCCCUCGCCCCUGCCCCAUGGUCAGCCGCCCACCCCCGAGAGCACCUCCGCCGGGUCCCCCCCUCCCGUGUUCACGCCCGGCGCACCCCCCCGGAGCCAGUUCCCCGAGCUGACAGGGUCCCUGCCCCCCCGGCCCGCGCCCGCCGUGCUGCAGCUUCCCCCGCUGCCCCCCCCGGCGGGACGUCCCCUCUGCACCAUCCCCGCCGCCGCCGUGCAGGGGACCCGGCCGGGCGACCUGCUGGCCCCCGAGGCGGACGCGGGCGCGGGGAACGCCCAGAACGGGGUGCAGCAGAGCAGCAAGCCCAGUGCCAAGGAGGAGGGCUCCUGGAGGAGACACAUGAGCCUGGAGAUCGACCCCCUGGUGUCCCUGUCCCCCGCCUCGCCCCCCACCGCCCCCGCCGACCGCGGGCUGGGCAAGUCCCUGUCGGUGCAGAACCUCCUGCAGCCUGGUGCGGACUGUGUCCCCGCCCUCUCCCCCAGCAGCAGCAGCAGUGGCAGCGGCGGCGGCGACCCCCCCGGCGGCCGCGAACCCGUGGGGGACUGGGGCGAGACCGAACUCUUCAUCAGUGACAGGGAUCUGGACACCCGGUCGGAGAGCUUUGACUUCCUGUCGCAGCAGACGGCAGAAGCGUCCUUCUCCUCCGCACUCCCCAGGACUGCCACAGGGGGGCACCCUCUCAGCACGGCUGCCGGCAGCUCUGAGUCUCUCAGUAUGCCUCAUGUGCGGCUAAAAUAGACACGCCCCCGGGUCGCAGUGUUGCGUCAGGAGGAUUAUGGGAUUUCUCUUGUUUUUAUUUUCGUUGAAAAUGUACUUCCUUUCUUUUCAAUCAUGCACACAUAUCAUUGCAUGGACUAUUAAAAAAUCAUAGAACAGAUGGAGAGAGAGAAAGAGACUGUAAAAAAAAAAAAAGAAUUGAAAAGAAGGAGGACCCUGAGGGCCAGUGGUAUUCGCUGUGAUCUCAGCCUUGCAUGAGCACUGCAUGUUUAAACUCGACAGCACAUUGAAUCGAUAGUAUUUAUGCAUCGGAACCUUUCGUUUGCCUGAGCAACACGGAGACUGUAAUCCUUCUGUUGGGUUUGUUUAACUGCAUUUUGACUCAUUUCCCCACACGUGUUUAAGUCUCGUAAUAGCUGGACACAGUAAAGCAGCGCUGGUUAGACAGUGAUAGGUGGGCUGCGCUGUCUCCUUCACACAGUGGCAGUAGAGAGGACACUGCAUGCAGUAGAGUGGGGGGGGGGGUUGUUCCCCCACACCUGGGCCUCCAUGAGAGCUAUGUCCUUUUACCGCUCUA